AUGGGGUAUAAAAGGCCCAGGAGGAAAGGAGGUUGUCAGACUCAGUGGCUUGACCUUUCCAGCUGCUCUCAACCUUCUGUGCAACCUCAGCCUAACACCAUGACUUCCUGCUACAUCAGCUCAUCCCAGUGUCCCGGCAGCACCAGGUUGCCUGCCCCAACAAAUGUCUAUGGCCCCUCCAUUGACAUUGUGUGCCAGCCUGGGGCAGAGGCCAGGGCUGCCUCCCUGUGCCUGUCGGCCACCAUGGCACAUGCCAACCGAGCCCGUGUGGGGGCAACCCCUCUGGGCAAACCCAGUCUGUGCAUGCCCUUCAGCUGCCGCACUGCUUGCCCCUUGCCAGGGACCUGCAACAUUCCCGGCAACAUCGGAGUCUGUGAGAACUAUGCGGAAGGCGCCCCGAAUGGCCAUGAGAAGGUGACCAUGCAGUUCUUGAAUGACCGUCUGGCCAACUACCUGGAGAAGGUGCGCCAGCUGGAGCGGGACAAUGAGGAGCUGGAGACCAAGAUCCGAGAGUCGAGCAAAUGCCAUGAGUCUACCAUGUGUCCAGACUACCAGUCCUAUUUCCAGACUAUUGAGGAGCUCCAGCAGAAGAUCCUUUGCAGCAAGGCUGAGAAUACCAGGCUGAUUAUCCAAGUUGACAAUGCCAAGCUGGCAGCCGAUGACUUCAGAAUCAAGCAUGAGAGUGAGCUCUCCCUACGCCAAAUGGUGGAGGCAGACAUGUGUGGGAUGCACAAGCUCAUGGAUGACCUGAGCCUAGCCAAGGCUGACCUGGAGGCCCAGCAGGAGUCCCUGAAGGAAGAGCUGCUCUGCCUCAAGAAGAACCACGAACAGGAAGGCGUCCAAAUGGGCUCUUCCCAGUGGACCACGGGCAAGACUUUUUACAUCAGUGCACGAGUGGUGGCACCCCUAAAACGCACGGUGAACGCCCUGGAGGUGGAGCUUCAGGCCCAGCACAGCCUGAAAGACUGUCUGCAGAACUCCCUGUGUGAAGCUGAUGCCCGCUUUGGUACCGAGCUGGCCCAGAUGCAGGUGCUGAUCAGCAACGUGGAGGAGCAGCUGUCUGAGAUUCGGGGUGACCUGGAGCGGCAGAACCAGGAAUACCAGGUGCUGCUGGACGUCAAGGCCCGGCUGGAGUGCGAGAUUGCCACGUACCGGAAACUUCUGGAGAGCGAGGAUUGCAAACUCCCUUGCAAUCCAUGCUCCACCUCUGCCUCCUGUGUGACUACCCCCUGCACACCUCGUCCAAGCUGCGCACCCUGCAACACUUGUGUGCCUGGACCAGCCUGUGGAACCAGCACUGGGAGCCGGUUCUGA